UGGUUUGGUGUUCACCUGAUCCUCACGAAGGCGGAUGGCUACACCAACGUCCCCAAGCGGACCGAGAUCAUCCUCAUCGUCGUAGGCUCGAUCUUCACGCUCAUGGCCCUGACGUCGUUCUUCGGGUUCAUCGGCUCCAUCACGCGCAACCGGCGGUUCGUCAAGUCGUACUCCUUCAUGUCCAUCUUCCUCUUCAUCGGCUCCCUCGUCUCCGCCGCCCUCUUCCUCUACACCCUCUACUCCGAGAAGAACAUCACCACCUCCUGCAUCGUCAACGAGAACGGCGCCGUCAAGAUCGACGACUGCGACACGCACGUCAGCACCGCGGGCAAGAUCGUCGCCACCGUCAUCGUCGCCGUCGAGAUCCUCGUCCACCUCUGUGAGUCUCCGUUUCUGUGCGAGUUGUGGGGGUUGCUGAUGCAGGCGCAGACAUCGUGGUGGUCAUCCGGCGGUACGUCGAGCAGCUCGAGGACGAGUCCGACUUCUGGCAGGGCCCGUACAAGCUCACCUCGACCGACGUCAACCAGGGCCUCAUGCAGUCCAAAGCGCCCUACCCGUACAGCGACGCCGCCCACUCCUAUGGCCAGGCAUGAGCGCGUCUCCUUCUACUCGCGCCCGUCGGCAUGCGCCCUUCAGGCAGAUGGACUUGAGGACUGCCGAACUGCGGGACGAGGUGCUGUGUGUUACGCACCUGCUGUACAUACGCGAGCGCACCCAGCUCGUCGUCACGCCCUGCCCCACGCUCUAUUUAUCUUACUCCUUGCUGUAGCGCUUACGUACCCUUUGGACUUUCGUACCGAACGCAAAACGCCUGGCACUUGUUCCCGAUUGUGGUUGCGACUGCGAUUCCGUGUGGUAACGCGUGAGGGUAAGUGGCCGGAAGGUGAGAGUGCGGAGGAGACUGGUUGCGCUAGGGAUGUACUCGGCAGUCGACGAAGUCGUCAUUCGGAAGAUAUGCAUUGGGUCUGCACGCACCGCGUCCGAUGGUGUACAUGGAGGCGAAUUCGACGUCACCGAGAGCGGUCCACUGCUGAGAUCGUUGUCAGCUAGUAGAUGCUAGGUAGGUUGCAGCAUAUACUCUAUGUAGUCUCACCGUGGUUUGUGUCGAACCUAGCAUAUACUCUGAAGAUGAGG